CAUUACCUCUCCAUCUAUUCCACUCUCUAUAGACGGUAGCCAAGUGGGUUCAUGAGCAGCAUGCAGGCCUCUUCAAGGAGCAGCUUCUCAAGGUGAUGGAGGAUGCCAAACGUUUAGGACCAGGCCUCCACCUCCAGCCAGGUCCCUCAUCCUCUACCGUGGGAGACGAUACCGGUACCAUCACCAGUCAGCAGCUUCAGGAAGGGGUGGUUCCACCAAGCCCCGGCACAGCCGUCAACUCGUCGGAUGCCUCCCCUCCCAGUGGGGACGAGUCUCAGCAGCAAUUGAAUGCUCCCCAACAAAGCUUUGAGAUGGCAGUUGGUAAGCAUCUGACUGCAGAGUCACAGCAGGGUGAGCAGCAACUGAGACCUGUUGAAAACCAGCACCUACCCCUCAGUAGGAAGGGUAGUAGUCCUCUAAUCGUCAAUCAGCCUCAGCAGAUGGGUAGUGAAGACAGUGACCAGACUCGUCCUAAGCCCAACCAGUCUCCUCCAGCAGCCAUAGAGAACAUGCCUAGCCAAGUGCCAGUCCAGCAGAGUCAUCAUCUUCAAAUGGAGCUGAGAACACCACAACCUGUCUAUCCAAGCCAAGCAGGUGUCCCAGAUCAAGGCAUGAUGCAGGGAAUGCCUAUGAUGGGUGCGUACAGCAUGAUGCCUAUGCUAUCUUCACAAGGAAAUGUUGUUUUCGUGCCCAUGGCAACACAGGCUGGUGCUCCCCAGAUGUACAUGCACCCCCAACAGGCUCAACAAAUGUACAUGCAGCAACAGAUGCCGAUGCAGCAGCACCUCUCGCAGCAACCACCAAUGCAGCAACACCAACAACCACCAAUGCAACAGCUCCAGCAGCAACCUCCUAUUAUGCAACAUCAGCAGCAACCCCCAAUGCAGCAACAACAACAACCACAACAACAGCUUCCAAUGCACCAACAACAACCACCAAUGCAGCAACAACCUCUACCAUCAGUCCAGGACCAAGUUCAGCCACAGCUGCAACAACAACCAACUCAACCUAUUCAGCAAGGAGGGCAACAAGCACAGAUUCCACCACAGCAGUUGCAACAAGUUCAACCAACACAACCUGGUCAGCAAGUUGCAACAUCUGUGCAAGGUCAGGCUCAUGCACAACCUCAUCAACAACCACAAACUACAGCUGCUCUUUCAACUGCAGCACCCACCCAGAGUGUCGCAGGAGGGGCACAGCCACAGCAGUCUCAAGCUAAAGCUGCUCAGGUUGCAGGUGUAGCUCGUCUUAAAGAGCUUGAUCACAAACUAUCUCAGCUACACAAAAAGCCUAACCCACACCAGCAACAAACACCAGCUAAAGUUCCUUCACAACCACCAACAAUGCUCCAGCAGCAAAUAUCACAGGGUCAGUCAAAUGUACCCUAUCACAAUCAAGUCAGUGUGAGUGUUGCCCAGCUGACCACACCAAACAACAGCCAGAGCUCUGCAAAUAUUGUCCUGACUCCACAGCCUGUUUCAAAUAUGUUAGCACCUGUCUUUCAUCCAAUCCAAGAUGAAAGGAAAGCAUCCUUGAUGGAUGCCCAGAGUUUACCCAUUCAUAACUACCUGCCACGUCCAGCAAGUGAACCUGUUCCAGAUUUUCAAACAACACCUUAUGUAGAUCCCCAACAGGAUUCUGUGCAGGUUGUGCCUGAGAAAUCAGAAGAAAAUCAAAUUCAAAUCGAACAACCAGCUAGGCCUGUGUCCCCUAAGCCAGCCUCUAGCCCAACAAAGAAGUCCCGUUUUUCUGUGUCAUCUGUAGAAGACAAGAAGGAUGCAGCAGCAGUGACUGAGGAAAAACCAAAGGAGGAGAUCAGUGAAGGAAAUGCAGGCAGCAAAACAGAAACAGUUGGAGAUAAGUCUUCCAGAGAACCUGCCAUUGGUAUGGACAAAGACCAGGAGCCUGCACGAAAGGAAGAAAAGAAAGGUAGAUUUACAGUAGCACCUGCUCCAUGUACUGUGGGAGACGCUGUAAAAAGUGACCUGGUGAAAUCUGGUGAGACAGCAACACAGGAUGUGAAAGAUGUGGUCUCAGAUUUGGUAUCCCAGACUGAAAAAAAUAUUGACAAGGAGGGAGCAGAUGUGGCAGAAACUGCAAAACCAUCGGCAGGUUCUCCCGUUAAGCUUAGCCGUUUCCAAGUUAACAAGGUUUCAGACAAGACUUCGGUUGUUGAAGGAAAAACCUCUGCCGAACAGUCUGUUCCUGAGACAGCUUCAAUUGAAACUAAUAAGGAUGAUCAGACUGAUAUUGAGAAACAACCUGAGGCAGAACAGCCUCCAUUACCAUCAGCCACUGCAUCACUUGCCAUAAAAGAGGCAGAUCGGGAACCAUCUCCUCAUCCUCAGCAAGGAAAUGAACCCGCUGUUGAUAUAUCAGUUGGACCGGCCAUCAAGCCUGAGCGUAAGAGCAGCCUGAUUGGCAGUGAACGGGAUACUCCAGACAGCAUCGCAUCAGAUGGAAGCUCGCUUCCUUCAUUCCCACCAGAAGGUCCAACUUUGCAGCAAUCAGCAGGUCUUCCUGGACAACCAUUUGGGCCAGGCCAGGGUGUGUUUGCCCAGCCCGAAUCUCAAAGUACACCCCCUUUGUCAGAUGUUGGAUCAGCUUCUCCAGGACCCAUUGCUAAUGCUGAUCUAGGUCAAGUCCAGCCAUCUCAAGCUGAAGCUGCAAGGGAACUCCAGGAGCUUCUAAAGAGGCAAGAUGAAGAGAGGGCUAAGAUACUCCAUAGACAUCGUAGUGAAAUGCAGGAGUUUAUAGCUCACUAUCCGCAGACAACACCGCCCCAGAGUCCCUUGCUUCUCUAUCAACCCAACAUGUACAGCAUGGUACCCUUCCCCAUGCAAGAAAACUUUGCUCCUCCAGGCAACUUUGCUCCUCAAGGCAACUUUGCUCCCCAAGGCAUGUGGCAUCCCAGUAGCAAUCUUAUUCCCUAUAACCACUUCCAGGGAGUUCCUUUCACUCAUGCGCCAGGCUCUGCAUUUGGGGGAUUCCGUCAGGGUACCACCAGCCCACCUACCGUACCAGGCAUGUCUUCCAUGGGGGUUCCUGUGCAGGGAGGGAUGGUAACCUAUAGACCUGUAGCUGGUGUGGAGAUGCCUGGCCAAGGAGCCAUGCCAGGUGCUGCACCUGCAAUGACAGGUGCUCAGUAUCAAGUGCCUACCACCAUGCACCCCCGUUUCUCUGCCAGCAAUGAGAUGAUCCCACAGCAGACCUAUACCAAUAGUCAAGGACUCAAAAGGAGUGUCAGUUACCAGUCUGUUGUUCCUCAACCCAACACUGGGUUUCAGCCAGCAUUUUUCCCCAAUCCCAACCAGCCAAUGGGACCCCCUAAUCCUGAGGCAUUCAUGCCAAGACCAGGAGCUGGUAAUGCGUGGAUGAGUUCAGCAGGAGGUGCAAUGCAGAUUAUGGACAUGAAGGACCAGCAGUCAAUACAGAAUGGAAUCAACAGGUCUCCAGAGCAGCUCCCUCGUGGGAUAGACAAUGCAGGUGUAACGUUUCCUACACAACAAGUUCAUCCUUAUCCAUCCCAUGUAAGGACCGGCUCUGGUACUGAGAAAAUAGACUUCACCAAGAGAAUGGUACCAAUGAAUAGUGAGGCAACUGAGGCGGUAACUUCAAAAGGCUACCAAGCUCAGACAGACUUGGGUCAGGUGGAAAGGAGACUGGAGGAAGCCAGGCCUGGUGGGCUAAGCCAGCCAAAUUACCAAAGUGAAAAUACAGAACUGCAUGGGCAGAUUGACAAUAGGGUAGCAGUUGAUCACCCGACCACAGACCCCAGGCCAGCUGAUAAUAAUACAGAUGUGAUUCCUACCGACCAAACUGUGGCAGCACAGCUUCAAACACCUGCAUCCCAGCAACAGCAGCAGCAACAGGCAGGCAAGCGAAAAGGCACCUUUGCUGAUGACAAGUUCAAGAAUCUUGCAGAUUUGAGUAAGCCAACAGCGGCAAGACCUGCUUUGGAUGAAAGGAAAGUUAGCCUGAAUGACUUGAAGCGUGCCCAACAGCAGCAGGACUUGCAUGCCAGUGCAGCAAGACCACCUUCUGGAACUACCAAAGCUGAUGUUCCCAAGACAUGAGGAAUCGAAAUGUGCACUAGAAAUUGUGACAUAUAGUUUAAAAAACAAAAAUUAUACAAAUUUGCAACAUCUUAUGGUUAAGAAACUGAUACUCCACAGUAGGAAGUGUUAUUUAAAAUAAAAAUCACUUUGCAAAAAUGUUGUGAUCCGCAGAUUAGUGAGCAGAACUACUGCACAGUGCUUUCAUAUGUACACGUAUGCUGCGUAGCGUGUAGAGUGGUCACAGUUAAAAAGUAUUAAAGCCAACAUUACGCAUGUUGCAUAUCUAGAGUAAAUGCUAAAAUAAUCCAAAGGAAACCUUUUUCACAUAGCAGAAACUUAGUAUGGUCACAUAAGGUUUAUCAUUUUGAGUUAAAGGGGUAGCACAUAUGUGAUUUAAAAUUGAAAUACAUUUGUGAACAGUAUGUAAAUAUUAUGUAAUAAAGAAAAAGGUGUUAAAAACACUGACUAUUCUAUUUACACCUGAAUGCUGUGGUACAUUUUCUCUUUAAUACCAAAUUCUGAUCGUUGCUGUACUUUCUUUGCGACAAAUCACCAACUCAGAUGUCACAGUUUCUUUUGCAUUCCCUCCAAGUGUCGAGCUUCAUCAACCUGUUAUAAUAAAUGAACUAAUUGGCAUGUAAUGCUUAUGUGUGUGAGUAGCUAAUUUAUCAGUAAUGAAUGAAAUGGAUUAGGAUUGUAGAGAAGGAAGACUGUAGACCAGAGAUAUGUUAGUAUAGUUGUUGAUUUCAUGUAAACUGCCUUAUAUUUUGUUUGGGAUAUGCUGCAUUGAAGCAGCCUCAUGGACAGUGAAAGAAUGAUGUUGAUGAUGAUGAUGAAGAGAGGCAGGAGUCCAGCGAGUAAAGGUGAUACAGCCUUUUACUUAAACAGGUUGCAGCUUCCUUAUUAUAUAUCACUUUACUAGGUGCUUCUGUGUUGUAUGUAAUCCUUAUAAAUGUAUCUCACUCAAGUCAUGCUUAUUACUAACUGUAUGAAGAAAUGAAAGCUAAGCCUAAAUAUUUGUAUUACCGACCCCAAGAAAUGUAAAUAUUCUUUAUGCAAGUGUCUUUGGCGUGCAUCUGUUCAAUAGAGUCAUCGGCAGACAACGAUAUUAUUCUAAGCCAUAUGUGGAAUCAUUUGCACAGACUAGGAGAGUGGGUUGUAUGAUUAUCCACAAGGUGAGUGAAGAUGAAAUGAUGAGAAGAUGAGAAGUCAAAUCCUGGAGAUACACAGUCGAGGUCUCAUGUCAGUCAGUCGGUCGGUCGUUUCUCAGUUAUACCUCGUGUAAGCCCCCUAAGACACUUUAAUUACCAUUCCAUACUCGGUCAAAUUUUGGGAUACUCUGAUGCAUUUUUAU